AUGGCUUCACCGCACAUUGUCGACGCGAUGAAGACGGCCACCGCUACUGGGCAAUCACGGAGCCCACAUCUCGAAUAUGCGAUGAGCCAGGUGCCAGCCGGUUCGCCUUGCCGCAACGUAUCCAGCCCGAUCUUGACCGACGACGGUGGAUAUCAGGUCCACUUCGCCAUGUGGGCUGAUUAG